GGCGGUCUGUGGGCGCGCGCGGCGGCAGUUGGACUGCGGCGGGCGGCUCCUCGUUGGCUUUCUCGAGGCGGACCUCUUCACCGUUUUUUCUACCUCGCGCACCAUGUCGGGCCGCGGCAAGACCGGCGGCAAGGCCCGCGCCAAGGCCAAGUCGCGCUCGUCGCGGGCCGGCCUCCAGUUCCCGGUGGGCCGCGUACACCGGCUGUUGCGGAAGGGUCACUACGCCGAGCGGGUCGGCGCCGGCGCGCCGGUGUACCUGGCGGCGGUGCUCGAGUACCUCACCGCGGAGAUUUUGGAGCUGGCGGGCAACGCGGCCCGCGACAACAAGAAGACGCGGAUCAUCCCCCGCCACCUGCAGCUGGCCAUCCGCAACGACGAAGAGCUCAACAAGCUGCUGGGCGGCGUGACGAUCGCUCAGGGAGGCGUUCUGCCCAACAUCCAGGCCGUGCUGCUGCCCAAGAAGACCAGCGCCACCGUGGGGCCGAAGGCACCCGCGGGCGGCAAGAAGGCCACCCAGGCCUCCCAGGAGUACUGAGGGGCGCCCGCGUCGCCCCAGGCCGCCCGGCCCCCCAAUGCCACCACAAAGGCCCUUUUAAGGGCCACUACAGCCCUCACGGAAAGAGCUGGGCCACGCCGGGCUCCGGGACGAGCGGCCGCGGCGCUCGGCCUCCCCUCCUCAUCCCCGCCGCCGCCCGCCCCUCCCCCUCGCGGGCCCCGGCUCCCGUUCUCCGGAGAGGGGCGGCCGCCCGGCCCCGGCUCUGCUCGGCUGGCACCCCGGCGCUCGUGACUCGGCCGGCCUGUCCUCGGAGCCGCCGAUGGGCCGCGGGGAGCCGCGGCGCCUUCUGGAAGACUUGGCUGGCCGUUCUGACGCAGGGCUGAGCUGAGGCGCGCGGCGGGCCGGCGGCCGCCAGCAGACUCCUGCAGCCUGGUCUCCGGGACUUUAGCUUGGUGCUUGGCCGGGACCUGUCAGCCAGGACUGCGGAUUUCCAGGCUCCGGUGGGGAGAAAUGGAUCGCUUCGUGUGUCCUGGUGCCCCUUUUGCUGCCCCAUCCGGGCUUUCGCAUCAGCCUCCUCCAUUCUCAUCCGCGGGCCUGUGCGGUGCGGCCAGGACGGAGCACUGUAACGGGGACAUCUCUCCUCCGGAGACGACUGCCUCCCAGGAGGAGCUGGGGGGAGGGGCGAGGCCUCCGGUCCGGGUCCCCGGCCGGCUGUGUGGACAGCGGGAGUUGUGCGCGCGCCUGCGGCCGACCGGCAGCGAGGCCUUCGGGCCUGCCCACUCCGCCCCGCUUCCCUUCCAGCAGCUCCGCUCGGCAAGCCAAGCUCCUAGAUACCAGCACAAGUCCGUUAGUCCCGUCUGGACUGAGCCUCCGGCUUUUGAACUGGAAUUUUGCAGCUAACCCAUCCAAGACUAGUACCUUAGGUAUUGGGGAGUUUGAGAUGGACUAAUUUUGUUUAUUAAAGGGUUGUUUUUUAAGAA